UUCUGCAAGAAACAUCCACCCGAGCCCUCCCUGCAUUCCUCCCGAAGCUCUCCAAAUCCCCAUUUCAUCGAGAAACGGAGAUGUCUAUCUAGUGUUUCCUUAUUUUUCUGCAGGAAGGCACUCGACUUGUUGACUUCCUCUCCCCUCCCUUCCUUCCCUUCUCUCCGAAGCUACUCAUCUGAAAAAUGAGAACAAAGUGAUUGUUCCUGUUCUCUUUCUUUAGUCCCUCCAAAAAAAAAAAAAAAAAAGCUCAUCUGUGGAAGGGUCGCACACUUUCAGGAGGGAGCUGGAGGCAGAGCGGCCGCGCGGACCCACGGCAUCGCGGCAACGCUGGCGCAGGAUCAAGAUGGAAGCCGUCCGUUUCUCACCGUCGACAAGUCCUCGAUUGAGAGCAGACGCCCGGCGGCCGGAUCGGCACGGGUUCUACGUGCCCCCGCCGUCCAUGGUUAUGAGGUCUUCCCUGUCAAGCUAUCCCACCGGAGACGGCGGCGGCCCCCUGCAGGGCUUCCCCGUGCUGAGCCCGACUCUCAUCCACGCCGAAGGGGCCCAAAGUCGCAAAAGGACUCCUUUCAAGAUGGACGCCCAUGCACGCGAGAUUGCUGAAGAAGAGGAAAGCGCCGUCCCCAAAACGGGCACCCGCUCCCACCUCUCCUUCCCGUCUCGCCCCGUUGCCCCCUCACCCGGUAUGAUCGAGCUGAGCAGGCUGCAGCUUGGCCGCGGGACGGCCGCCGUUGACGUUCCGGUCCAGGUGAAACGAGAGCCUCUCAGCCCCCCUCCAAUGUGGCCCCCGCCCCCUUUCCUCCUCCACCCGUCCUACUUCCCACCUCUCCACCACAGUCUCAUCCCGUAUCCCUUCUUCAUGCCGGGCCCCGUCGUGCCCUUCCCGCCCAGGGAGGACGUCAGGCUCGCGCGCCGCGGUCGCGACGCCCCCCCUCGGACCGGCCCCGGCCCCGGCCCCGGGGAGAAGCCCGGCUUCGACGUCCACGUGGACGACAGCUACUACGUGGACGUGGGCGGCGAUCAGAAGCGCUGGAAGUGCCGCAUGUGCGACAAGUCCUACACGUCCAAGUACAACCUGGUCACGCACAUCUUGGGCCACAAGGGCAUCAAGCCCCACGGGUGUCACCUGUGCGGGAAGCUCUUCAAGCAGCUGAGCCACCUGCACACCCACCUGCUCACCCACCGGGGCAUGCGGCCUCACAAGUGCCAGGUGUGCCACAAGGCCUUCACCCAGACCAGCCACCUGAAGAGGCACAUGAUGCAGCACAGCGACGUCAAGCCCUACAGCUGCGGCGUGUGCGGCCGCGGCUUCGCCUACCCCAGCGAGCUCCGCGCCCACGAAUUGAAGCACGAGAAAGGCCAGGACAACGUUUGCGUCGAGUGCGGUCUGGACUUCCCCACGCUGGUCCAGCUCAAGAGGCACCUGACCGCCCACCGCGGGCCCACCUUGUACAGGUGUACCGAGUGCCAGAAGACCUUCCAGUACCCGAGUCAGCUGCAGAACCACAUGAUGAAGCACAAAGACAUCCGGCCGUACAUCUGCAGCGAGUGCGGGAUGGAGUUCAUCCAGUCGCACCACCUCAAGCAGCACACGCUCACUCACAAAGGCGUGAAGGAGCACAAGUGUCGUAUCUGCGGCCGAGAGUUUACGCUGCUGGCCAACAUGAAGCGGCACGUCCUCAUCCACACCAACGUGAGGGCCUACCAGUGCCACAAGUGCUUCAAGAGUUUUGUCCAAAAGCAGACGCUCAAGGCCCACAUGAUCGUCCACUCCGACAUCAAGCCGUACAAGUGCAAGCUGUGCGGCAAGGAGUUCAACAGGAUGCACAACCUCAUGGGUCAUAUGCACCUCCACUCGGACAGCAAACCUUUCAAGUGCCUCUACUGUCCCAGCAAGUUUACCCUGAAGGGAAACCUCACCAGACACAUGAAGGUGAAGCACGGCGUCAUGGACAGAGGACUGGAUGAAAGAUUGUUCCGACAGCGGGGAAGUUUCUGCCUCUCCUCUCCCAUGAGCCUCCUGGGCCGUUUCAACCAAAAAGAGCCGUUUGAUCUUUCCCAGAAGCCUCCAGGCCUUCCCGGCCUUCACCUUCCCCAGUCUGACGGCGAGAGCGUGCCUGGUAGUUCUUGCCAGGAGGAGGAUGAGGAGAGUUUGUACAGACACAGUCAGUACAGCCCCGAUGAGGAUCGACACGAGCCCUCGGCUGGGGAGACGGCGCCAGGGCCGGCGUCUCCGACCGGAGACGGACACUCGAAUGCAACAUGGAGGCGGGUUGAGUCUCGCCCUCGUUCCGGGGCGGCCGAGAGAAGUCACGGAGGGUCAGGUGACCCUGCAGCUGAGGAUCUUGACCAUGUGACAAAGUGCAGAUUACAGACAGACAUCGUCAGGGAAGAGAAAGCGAAGGAAGAGGAUGAACAGUGAAAAGAGGACGGAGAUUUUGCAGAACUCUGACAGUUGAUACGAUCUUCAGACUUAUCGCAAAUUGUUAGCGAAAUUCAGCUUUCAGGUGAACUUAAUGUCACCAUCUCUAAACUUUUGAAUGCGCAUGUCCGACUGUUAGUGUUUCAGUGCAAGUGCGUGAGCACAAUUUGCUGUUCUCUGAGGAACAAGGGCCUUCACAACCAAUGGACAAAUACAUUUCUUGCUGCCAUGGGAAGUGCUAUGUAAAACAGCCGGGACCACGAGAGAGUGAGUAUAUUGGGAGAAGGGUGCUGAGGUAUGGCGCUGGCAGGCAAAAGAGCGACAGGAAGCCCAAAGAAAAGGUUGAUGGAUGUUGUGAGGGAGGACAUGAGGACGGUGGGUGUUAGAGGGGAAGAUGACACGCCGUGGCGACCCCUAACGGGACAAGCCGAAAGGAAAAGACGGAGAAGAAGAUUAAUCGGACGCUCUGAAUUGCCCCUUAGGUGUGAUUGUGAGUGCGACUGUUGUCGGUCUCCAUGUGCCCUGCGAUUGGCCGGCAACCGGUUCAGGGUGUACCCCAGCCGCCUCCUGCCCGAUGACAGCUGGGAGGCCAAUCGGCAAACGAUCCUUCGCGCUUUCAAAUUUAGAGUUUGCAAUUAAGAUGCACGAUAUUGGAAUGUGGGGAAAAAGGCUACAGCACUCACCGCGACCCUCGUGAGGAUGAGUGGCUCAGAAAAUGGAUGUAAAGCAGCAGUCUCACUCACGCUGUUGGCAUUUUGACAACAAGAGACGACACGUCGCAAGUGAGGUUUGAAACAGGACGUUCUCGGAGGAAAGUGGACACUGAGCACAAAUUGAAAUCAACUUGGUUCCGAUAGAUGUAUGGCGUGACUGGAGGUAUCACAGAAAGUCAUGGAAAAUGUACAUGUGCAUGCAAAACUUUAGGGGAUGUCAAAUUAAAUUUGAGGUGUCCUGACAAUCCACACGAAAGCCAAACAGAACUCAUUUUUUGGUGAGCGUAUGUGACGAGUCAAGGGUGCGUGCGCCGUCUCAGCCGAGUCCAAAAGAACCGUAGCAAUGAAAGCUGUGAAGAACAUCUUGUACAUAUUGUACAUAACUUGUUACAAUCGCUCUCAGGUGUUUGCAAAAAAGGAGGAAAGGUGCAUACACCUAUUUAGAAAAUGUUCACUCUGAUCGUGUUUCUUCAAAUAGUGGCCUCUGCUCCGAUAGGGAUUAUGAAUAAAUAAAAGUGAUAGACUCCUCCUUAUUUCCCUGCGUUAUCCAUUUUCUAUAGCGCUUGUCCUCAUUAAAGUCACUGACUUUGGGUGGCAGUCGGGAUACGCAUUAGCAAACAAUCCUUCUUGCUUUCAAAUUUAGAGUCUGCAAUUAAUAUGCACGUUAUUGGAAUGUGGGGAAAAAGCCAAGCGAAGCGCAGGGAAAACACGCAAACCUAACCUUUGACCUCUUAACUGUGAGGCUGUCUUGCUGACCGCGAGUUCACUUCACUGCUCCACUCCUUUUUUUUUUAACCCACAGAAUUUAUUCAAAAAAAAAAACAAAAACAAAUUUAUGGUGGCACUUGAGUUUAAGAUGAUCAAUUUAUUUACAUGUCAUCACAGUACCUUUACCACAACACACAUGGCGUUGUAGAGCAGACGUGGCAUCUGUAAAGGUGAUAUUUAUAGAUACAUUGGAACACAAAUGCUGAGAAACAUUUCAAAAAUCAAUGGGGAAAAUUGGGGGAUGCUCUAUUAUUUCUGCAAAAUGGUAUUGUAUAUUCAUCCAAAUAUGAUUUAAUAAUAUAUUUUAACAUAAUAGCCUCCCCCUGGUACUCUCUGCAGCUGAGUAAAUACAUAUCCUUUGCCACUAUAUGAGGAAUUUCAUUUUCUUUUGUAAAUCGCAGUAUAUAACGGUGUGAAUGUUUUGGCAACAUGUGAGCAACUCCAAUCAUUGAGUCUAUUUUUUGAA